GCGACCACGACAGAACCUUUUUCCCCCCUCGACGUUUAGCCAAAGAAACAGUGGAUUUAUCCGUUUUUUAGCCAAUAACGCGAGCAAACUGACAAAGGAGACACGUGUUUGCUUUGCGUAUCGGGGAUUAGUAGCAGAAUUUCAUUGCUGUGUGGUUUUCUUGUGACAGCCUGGACCGGAAAAGAGCCGUUCACCCCCCGACAGCUGGUUUGCGGAUUCCCCCUCUUUGCGCUUGAAGUUGUGUGAGCCGGCUGAGAUGAGCGGUCCAGAGGUGGCCAAGACACCGGGAGGCGGAGCUCCAGGCAAGGAGGGAAAGGAACCUGUGGCCAAUGGGCACGCAGGAGAGGGCAACGACGCCAACCCAUUUGCUGAGUACAUGUGGAUGGAGAAUGAAGAGGAGUACAACAGACAGGUGGAAGAGGAGCUGUUGGAGCAGGAGUUCUUGGAGCGCUGCUUCCAGGAAAUGCUGGAGGAGGAAGACCAGGAUUGGUUCAUCCCUUCUCGUGACCUCAACAACCAGGGGGUGGGGCAGCUGCAACAGCAGCUCAAUGGCUUGUCAGUCAGCGAUCACCACAGCAACCUGGAAGAAGUGGCGAGGAAGAGCUUGUUGAACCCCGAAGCGAAGGAAUUCGUCCCGGGGAAGAAAUACUAGGAGUCCCCCUCACCCCCAUGGAGCCUCCACGCGCACACACACACACACACACACACCGGUCCUCACAUUCUCAGAGACUCUGGCGGCCAUGACCGCGCACACACUGAUGCUCGCACACACGCAUGCACGCACACACACCUACACACUUGAAGUCAGUGGCGUGCUGGCAGGCCCAGUUGGGGGGUGGGGGGAUUUCUUUUUUGUUUUCUUUUUUUUUUGUUUCUUUAAUCUUUUUAUUUCCUGUUUUGUUUCUUGUAAGCUGAGGGACAUUGGGAACAGGGGUGGGGGAUGGGUGUAAUACCAGCACCGCCCUACUGCGGGCGCAUUUCAGAUGACACUGUUGAUAUUUACAGAGUAUGCAGAUCUCAUUGAUGUCCCCUUGGAACUGAGGCAGCUACCAAGGAGUGAUGCCAGGACAAUACUUCAGCCCAAAAUAUCUAAUAAACUUGAAAGAUUACUUCACAUACUCGUUAAUUUGUGUGCUGUCCAAGUUUUAACAACAUCACCAGUAGUUUGAGGGUUUUCAUGACAGUGAGAUUAGAGCACGACUAACAUUUCAGGGGACUUGAUGGGUUUCUCCCGCUGCUCUGUAAAGUCAUCACGGUCAGUCAAACCUGUUAACGUUUGCUCCUAUGAUGUCAUAAGCUCUUCUUGUGCAUCUAGAAAUGCGGCUUGUUAUUUGUAUCUGCAGUGGCUCCGUUCCAAACCAAAUACAGACCCCACCCUCCCUGCACACAUGUUUUUUGAAGUGAUCUUAACAGACAUGGACAAGUGUAACCAUGGAUAAGAAAUUAUUUUCCCAAUUUAUGUGGAAGUCCAUGUUUUAUGUUGUGUCCAGCUUAUUAGAGCCGAGGUGCGCGUUAACCGAUCACACAUCAAGAUGAGAAAAAUGUUGUUCUAAAGGGAAGGUCAGAACUUUUUGAACCUUCAGAAAAUCCGUUGUUAUAUUUUAUUCACGGUUUCAUCCUUUUUUUUAGUUCAAUUUGUAUUCAUGGGGUGUAGUGAACAACCUCGUUAUAGGGGAGUAUUUGGUCUGGAACAAUGUCACUGCCUCUUUCUGCCGGAACAACUUGGUUUGUCCAGCAUCAGAUCAAGUGUUCAUAUCCAAAUCAGGUUUUCAAAAAGCCUCUCCUCUUUUGUCUAUUUUUCCCCCUUCAUGUGUUGAGGAUGAGGCAUUUUGUGUCUCUACUGGGUACAGUAGCCUGUGGUGUCCAUUUAGUCCUGUUUGCAGGAGGAAACAUGAAGGGACAAUAUUGUCAAAGCCAAUCAGAAUAAAGCAGUAUGGAACAUGUG